AUGGAUAAGGAAUAUUUUCGUUUCUAUAUUAAAGUGCGUACUGCACUUCAUAUUGAACCCAUAGCUAUUCAUAAUGAAUUACACACUGUCUUUGGUGAUGAAGCUCCUCCUCGCAGCACUGUUCAAAGAUGGUCAAAAUGGUUUCGUGACGGUCGAGAACAAGUUGAAGACGAAGAAAGACCUGACAGACCUGUAACGGAGACAACAUCUGAAAAUAUUAGACAAGUUCACGAUCUUAUUAAUGAUGAUCCUUAUGUUACAGUUGACGAAUUCGAAGUACAAAGUAGUCUAAGCCAUGGCACCAUCCAACGAAUUAUUUCUGAUCAUUUGCAAUUGAAAAAAGUUACUGCACGUUAUGUUUCCAAACAUCUGACAAACUUUCAAAAGGCUGAACGAGUGCGAAUAUGUCAAGAAAACUUGUUCAAAUUUGAACAAGGUAUUUGGAGAUUAUGCGAUGUAGUAACAGGUGAUGAAUCAUGGUUUUAUCACAAGCAGAUCGAUCGAAAAUCAUCAAAUGCUGCUUGA